AUGUCUGACGUCAAAUAUGCCGACGAGAAGGCACCGAAUGCGGUCGCCGACGCGCCUUUCACAGAUUCAGACGAAGAAGGCGUGACCUUCGACGCUCUCGUCGCGAAAGACCAUGGUCACGAUAUUCAGCUCCGGACAAUGUCAUGGCAGAAGGCUGCGUGGCUGCUUGCAGGCGAUCAAGUGUGCUUAGCCAUCAUGGCGCAGAGCUGGAGUUUGAGCGUACUGGGCUGGGUACCUGGCAUUAUUACUAUGCUGCUUGCCGGAAUACUGUUCUACUUCACAAGCAUGACUAUGUGGAGAUUCAUCAUGAAGCAUCCCCAGAUCAUGGAUAUCUGCGACUUUGGUUACUACGCCUUCGGCAAGCAGCGCUGGGCAUACCAUUUCACAGCCUUCAUGCUGUUGGCCAAUAACAUCAUGCUCAUUGGGUUCCACGUUCUUACCGGCGCGAAGGUCAUCAACACACUGUCCGACCACUCUCUCUGUACCGUCACGUUCUCUGUUAUUGUGACCCUCAUGGGCAUCGUCAUGUCGCUCCCGCGCACCCUGAGACACGUUUCGUUCAUGUCCAUGUUCUCAGCCGCGUGCAUGGGCAUCGCCAUCCUGCUCUUCCUGGUCUUCGCCGGCAUCGAAGACGCACCUGGAUAUGGAUACCUCGGUGUCUACCCUAAGGCGGGACUCGUGAAAACGUACGCCUUCCCGCCGUCUGGAACCACGUUCGUCGCCGCUAUGAACGCCGUCCUAAACAUCACAUUCCUUUGGGUGCCACAGAUCUUGUUCCCCACCUUCAUCGCUGAGAUGGAGAAGCCGCAGGAUUUCCCCAAGAGUCUGGCUGUCCUAUCCUGCCUAUCAGCUUUCCUCUUCAUCGUGCCUCCAGCGGUCGGAUUCAGGUACCUGGGCCAAUAUGCUACAGCACCCGCAUUCGGCAGCUUGGGUGUCGUCGUUUACAAAAAGGCGUCUUUUGCUUUCGUGAUUGUGCCCACGCUCGUCAUAGGAGUCAUAUACGCCAACGUCUCCGCCAAAUAUGUCUACAAGCACCUCAUGCGCGGUUCGCAUCACGCACAUAGCAACACCCUCAUCGGCUGGAGCGUUUGGAUUGCCGUUAUGGCCGCCAUUUGGUGGGUUGGCUUCAUUUUUGCCGAGGUGAUUCCCUCUAUGGGCGACUUCCUGUCUCUUCUUGGCGCUGCGUUUGACUCUUUCUUCGGCUUCAUUUACUUCGCCGUCGCAUACUGGCAGAUGAACAAGCGCGAUUUGUUCGGGGGAUUUGGACGCACGGUGAAGACGGUGUUCCAUGCGGUCGUGAUGGUGGUAGGACUAUUUCUCUUGGGCCCAGGGUUGUAUGCGGCGUGCGAUGCUAUUGUCGCGGAUUAUAGUGGGAGUACGAGACCGGCUUUUUCUUGUGCCGACCUGAGCAUUUGA